AAACAUUCCUCCUUUGAUGAGUUUCUUCUGUUGAACACAAAGCGAGAUAUAAUGAAGAAUAAUGGAAAAUUGUCAUUUAUAGUAGAAACAAAAAAAAUCUUGUAUAUCUUCAUUUGUGUUGAACAGAAGGAACUCAGACAGUACAAGUGAAGAAUGCGCAAAUUUAAAUUGUUGUGUGAACUAUCCCUUUAAGUAUAGCGUUCAAUGUUCAUAUCAGAGCUCGUUUUCUUGAGCAAGUGUGUGUUCGGUCGAGAAGGAACCAAUGAUUAACAGCUGAUCACGUGCUGGAGUUUCUCUGACAUGCCGUUCAGACGCGCGCGCAGAGCAGAUCAGAUGUGGAGAGCAGCGCGCGCACGCAUGAAAUCAGCCAGAAAUAGUUGUUAUUCUGUCUUCACCUUUGCACUGAGUAACUUUUAUUAGUGCUGGUAACAAAGUCUAUCCUUAUGUUUAGGGAACUUAAAUUUGGAAUACUUCCUUAAUGCUGCCUAAUAACAAAAGCGCGCGAUCUUACCAAGUAUAGAGCAGGAUUACCAUCACAAAAUGUGCGACAAAGCUGAUAAUCACAUCGAUGUUCAGCCUGAAGGAAACUUGGAAGUCUCCAGUGUUUCCAGCACCCGGUUGUACCGGAGAAGAUGGGUCAUUCUGCUGCUCUUCAGCUCGUACUCGCUGUGCAACGCGUUCCAGUGGAUCCAGUACGGCAUCAUCAAUAACAUCUUCAUGAAGUUCUACCAGGUGUCCUCGUUCGCCGUUGACUGGCUGUCGAUGGUCUACAUGCUGACUUACAUCCCAUUCAUCUUCCCGGUGACCUGGCUGCUGGAGCGUAAGGGGCUGCGGGUGGUCGCGCUGCUCGCCGCCUCCAUCAACUGCGCGGGCACUUGGAUCAAAGUGGCCAGCGUUCAACCCAGCCUGUUCUGGGUCACUAUGCUUGGGCAGUUCGCCUGCUCCUGCGCGCAGGUCUUCAUCCUGGGCAUGCCGUCUCAGGUGGCGUCCGUGUGGUUCGGGUCCGAUGAGGUGUCCACCGCCUGCGCCAUCGGCGUGUUCGGAAACCAGCUUGGCAUUGCUAUUGGCUUCUUGGUCCCGCCAGUUCUCGUGCCGAAUGUGGAGGACAUGGGUGAACUGGCCGAACACAUCAGCAUCAUGUUCUACAUCACAGCCGCCGUGGCCACACUCAUCUUUCUGCUGGUGGUGUUUGUGUUUCAGGAGAAACCCGAAACACCUCCAUCUCUGGCUCAGGUCGCUCUCAGAAACAUGCCUACGGGACAGCACUCAUACCUGGCGUCCAUCGCAAGACUGAUGUGCAACAAACCCUUCAUCCUCCUCCUCAUCAGCUACGGACUGAAUGUCGGCUCUUUCUAUGCAGUGUCCACCUUGUUGAACAGGAUGAUAAUAGAGCAUUACCCCGGUGAAGAGGUGAAUGCUGGGAGAAUUGGCUUGACGCUCGUAGUCGCUGGAGUGGUCGGAUCUCUGAUCUGCGGAGUCUGGCUAGACAAAACCAAGACUUACAAGCAGACAACGCUCUCAGUGUAUCUUCUGUCAUUCGUGGGGAUGCUGAUCUACUCCUUCACUCUGAACUUGGGUCAUUUGUGGCUCGUGUUCCUCACGUCAGGGGUGCUGGGGUUCUUCAUGACGGGUUAUCUGCCGCUGGGCUUCGAGUUCGCCGUGGAGCUCACCUAUCCCGAGUCUGAGGGAACUUCAUCAGGACUGCUCAACUGCUCUGCGCAGGUGUUUGGAAUCGCAUUCACCAUCAUUCAAGGCAAAAUCAUUGAUCACUUCGGCACACUAGCCGGAAACAUCUUCCUCUGUGUGUUCCUGCUCAUCGGCUCCAUCAUGACAGCGUUCAUAAAGUCUGACCUGCGGCGACAGAAGGCCAACCAGGAGACCGGGGGCAAUGCCGACUCAUCUGUUCAUCCUCAACAUGGAGAAACAUUACCGGUGAAAGAGGUGAAGAUGUAAAGACUCAAUGAAACACACAAGGAGUGAAAACACAACACUUGUUUUAUUCGGAUUAUAUGUGGGCUGCAUUGAAUCAUUCCAGAAGUCUGGUUUAUGACCACUUCACUAGCUUUCUUCAUGAAUGAGGCUGAACCUGUUGUGCUGUGUGUGUUUGGCACGACGGUUCCUCUGACUUUUACUUUUCACUUGAAGCGUGCUACAGUAAGUGUUGCUGUAGAUGUGUUCAGGUAAGAUGUCGAUGCUGGAGAUCGCAAUAUUAUUAUUAUAGGUGGCUGAUAAUUUGGUGCAUGCCUAUUUAUUAACACGUGACCAUUGACUUGCAUUGUAUAAAUCGCCAAGGACCACCGAUUCAGCAAGUCCUUCACUGAAGAAAGGCACCUACAUUUUAAUGGCCUGAGAGUGAGUACAUUAACUGUGUAUUUCAAUUUUUUGGGUGAACACACACACUUACCGGCCACUUUAUUAGGUGCACCUUACCACU